AUGGGCGCUUAUUCGCAUUCCAACGGCUCCGUCGAAGAAACAACCUCGUCCACACGCUCGUUUUUUUCCCGCUUCGCCCUGCCAAUCCGUUCGCGUACGCGUAAUCUGGCCGACUUCCACGUCCGCCCCGACGAUCCCCACCGUCAGUAUUCGGCCGGCGACCAUGUUCGUGGCGCUGUAGUCUUGACGGUUGUUAAGCCGGUCCGCAUCACUCACCUCACCGUUACUUUGCAUGGCUAUGUUCGCGUUCACAAGGGGCCCGCCGUCAGUGAGCCAGCCGUCGCGAAUCCCGCGUUGUCCGGUCGGUCGUCAGCACAGUACCAUGGAAAUGGCUACGCUUCGCUCUUUCAAGACGAGCAGGUGCUCAGCGGUGAGGGGAGGUUGGAGGCUUCGAAAUAUGAAUUCAAUUUUGAUUUAGUAUUCCCUGAAAAGGGGUUGCCCAGCAGCAUUGAUUUUGAACGAGGGACGAUUUCCUACAUGAUUACAGCAACGCUCACGCGACCGACCUCGAUAUCUCCAACGACGACUUGCGACCGCAAAAUUCAGCUGGUGGAACAGGUAGACAUCGGACCUCUUGCGCCCCCACGCCCCAGGACCAUCUACCUCGAGCCUAUAUCCAAGAAAUCAAGACGAAAGAGGACAGGAGGCGACAAGGCUGUUACCGCGCUGGAAUCAGCCGAGCAUGGGUCUGACAUGGAACAACGCGAAGCAGUCACCCCCGAUCCGGCAGCGUCAAAUGACGAGCCCGCACACGAUCCGCUUGAGCAUCCGCGUAGCCCGACUCAUACAGAUAUACAGAGCGAAGUCAGCGGUGACAGCACCAUCAGCUCCAGCACAGGCAUCAGUUUGACACGAGCCGAACCUCGUUUUCCUAGCAAUUCUUUGACGAAUUCGAAAAUGCAGGCCGUGGACGACAAAACGAUUACGGCAACCAUUGAGAUGCUCAAAGGCGGUGCUUUGCCGGGAGAUACAGUAUCGGUCAAGGUCUCUGUUCAGCACAUUAAGAGGAUAAAGAGUAUGCAUGGUGUUAUAGUCACCAUGUACCGCCAAGGUCGAAUUGAUACGGCGCCUCCAGCCUCAAUGUUCGCCAAUAUAAUGACGAAAGAAGAGACUCGCAAGCUUGCGAAGGAGGACUACUACCCAAGAUCACGGACGGGCCUCGGUGGUCUGUCGUUGACUUCCACCUCGUCGCUCAGCGUCUUUCGGAAGGACCUAUCACAAUCGGUCGCUCCUCUGAUCAUCGACCCUGCAACACUAGAAACAACAGUGACAGCCUCAGUCAAAGUACCUGAAGAUGUGUUCCCAACGAUCAAAGGCGUGCCUGGUGAGAUGGUGAGCUUCAAGUACCAGGUCGAGGUCUUGGUCGACCUAGGUGGCAGGCUUGCAAGCCAGCUUCAAGGCGGCGGCCAGUCGAGAGUGGCACAGUUUGCCCCUGGAUCUGGCGUUACAGAAGGCAACAGUGCAGUGCUCACGUCCUGGGGUGGCAAUGUAAUAGACACGGACCGGUUACGGCGCGAGAAAGGAGUAAUAUCGGUGGUGUUCGAGGUCAUUCUGGGGACGACGGACAGCACGAGGCUACGUGGGCGGAGUAAUACUGUACGGACAUACCAACUGCAUGAAGAGUCACUGAGCAGGGAGGAGAUCACAAGUCCCUGGCCACUGGACGAUAUUCGUGCGGACGACGGCGAGAGUUACUGGCCUCCAACUACCCCUCAGGUACCGGGACCUCUGAAUCGACGGCCGACAAUUACAAUACAGCCCACGAGUCCGCCGGAAGAGAUGCAGGCGCCCGCGUACAUCCCUCCGCCACAAAUUCAAGACGACAACAACUUGUCGGAAAAGGAGCGAGCACGACGCCAAGAAGAAAGACUUCUGCCAAGCCAACCGCCUCAGGCUUCGGCAGCAGGUCCGUCGGGAGCAUCAGCACCGCCGGAGCCAAACAUUUACGAUGCUGAAGAUGAGCCACCGCCAGAGACGCCCACACCUCAUGAAGGAAAUCACAGUCUUGUGCAGCCCUCAGCACCGACAUUGGAUGACCUGUCUACCGGGCACGGAGGUCGAGCGGAGGACAAGCAAGAACUAGAGCGGCAACGCCUGAUGAACGAAGCCAGUGCUCCGCCGGAAUUCCCAGACGAUUAUGACGCAGGCCCCAGCGCAUCAGCGCCGCCGGCAGAUGCACCAGAACCAUCGGCACCGGCGCUUGCCGAUGAAGAUGAUUACGGCGAGCAGUACAGCUACAGGACAGAAGUUGGCGCUGGACAGUCCGGCCACGCAGGAGGCUCAGAACCCUUGCCGAGGUACGAACGAUGA